AAUGACGUAUUCAAUAAUAGCACUUUGUCUUUUAUUGACAGCUGUAAAUGGAAGUGUUGAGGAAAGAAUCGAGAAAUUAAUGGGUUUACAGUAGAAUUAUUAGCAUACUCAAUCAGAAAGCUUUUUCUAUUAUACUCAAGUAGCCAAAUGUAGUUUGAAAGUAAUAUAUUUUAGUAUAAGUAAUAGACUAUAACAAAUUGGAAUUGUGGUUCAUUUUGUUAACAUCAUCCAGAUAUGGUUGAAGUAAAGGCAUUCUAUAAAGCAGAUCAUCAUGCUUAAGCAUAUGUAGGAUAUAACAAAAAGGAAAAUUUGGUUGUUGUUGUUUAUAGAAGUAAGAAAUUAUUCUAUGUUAUCAUUUUAGGUACCUAAGAUUUUAUCAACUGGUACAAUAACAUCAAGUUCUUCAAACAUGAUUUUGGAGAUUGCAAGAAUUGUAAAGUUCAUUUAGGAUUUUGGGAAACUUAUGAUGACGUAUCAGCAGAAGUGUUGGCUGCUGCAAAACAUUUGAAAGAUAAAUAUCCAACUUCAAAAUUAUUGAUUACAGGACAUUCCUUAGGUGGAGCAGUUGCUUAUUUGGCUGCAGUGGAUUUAAAGAAAUUAGGAUAUAAAAUUGAUUAUUUCUUUACAUAUGGAGCUCCUCGUAUUGGAACACAUGAAUUUGCUGUUUGGUUCACAAGUUAUGUUGGUGCAACAGAACAUUGGAGAGUUACUCAUUAUAGAGAUAUGGUAAUUCAUUAACCACCUUCUUCAUUUUCUUACAAACAUCCUCCUUAAGAAGUGUGGUAUACUCAUGAUAAUAAAUCAUAUAAAGUAUUGAAGUAUAAUAAAUAAUAGAUUUGUUCAAGUGGAACUGAUGAGGAUCCUACUUGUGCCAAUUCAAUAAUUGGUGAUUCUUCUGCAGAUCAUACUAGCUAUUUCAAUGUUAGUGGAUCAUGCACAGAAGAAUUUACAGAAGAUAUUGAAAUUUGAUU